UUCAAUUUCAGUUUCGACGAUUUGAUUCUUCGGAUUCUAUUGUUGUUUGAUUGUUUGUUGUGGAUCCUGCUGGGAUUCAAUCCGAUUGCGUAGCUUUAGCUCAUGUUCAUCUAUUGGUUGAAGAUAUUGUUAGGGCUGGUUUUGUGUUGUGGUGAUUUUGUUUGUUUGGGGUGGAAGGGAUAAGGAUUAAUGGUGUUGUUAAUUUUGAUAGAAGGUUUAAGGUUUUGUUUUGUGCAUGAUGGUGGCAGUUGGGUUGGAGAUUGCAGAGCAUGACGGAUUAUCAACCGCUACAACAGAAGGCUGAUUCUAGUGGUGCCCGAGCGGAAUUAGAGCGUGGACUGGAGGAGUUAAUGCGUGGGCACCUGGAUGAAUGUAUUCCAUUUGCUUCAUGUAGUUCUGCUGCCAAUCAUGAAGUUGAGGAAGAAGAAGGUGAUCAGCUUCUACGGAGGAGAAGGCGGUCUGAUCUUGAGGGUGAUGAUUUAGCAGAGUCUUCAGCUGCACGACGUCGCCACUCUCGGAUUUUGAGCCGCUGGGCUGCUCGGCAGGCACAGGAAAUGAUAACAACAAUUGAGAGGAGAAAUCGUGAAUCUGAGUUGAUGGCACUUGCAAGAUUGCAUACGGUUUCAAUGCUUGAUUCAUCUUUUUUAAGGGAGUCUGAGUCUCCAACUUCAAGGCAGCAGACUACCGUUGAGACUCCGACCACACAAGCUUCUGCAAUAUUACAGAUGUGGAGGGGGCUGGAGGAUGACCAUGUAUUAAAUCGGGCUCGUGAGAGGGUCAGGGAAAGGUUGAGGCAGCAAACAAGUGUUGAUUCUUCUACCAAUAUGUCCAGUACAAAUAUGUCUGAUAGUCGGGCGAGUGAGAAUCAGGGAAGCUUGGUGGAUGCAAGUGAGAGUGAGAACGAUUUUGGGGCAUGGAAUCAUGAACAAAUUGCAUCACAGCAUGUGAGGGAUGAAAAUAAUGUUUCUAGCAGAGAACAAUCUCCUGAUCUUGGUGAAGUCGAGAGGGAAAGAGUGAGGCAAAUCGUUCGGGGAUGGAUGGAGAGUGGAAUUACGGAUCCAUCACCAAAUGUUUCUGAGAGAAGCUCAAGAUCCAGAGCUGAAUGGCUUGGGGAAACAGAACGUGAGCGAGUCAGGAUUGUUAGGGAAUGGGUACAAAUGACCAGUCAACAAAGAGGAAGUCGUGGUGAAAGGAGGGAGGAUCGAGGGACCGGAGGUGGUGCUCAAGUUGAUAGAGGCCGUGAUGAAUUGGUAGCUGAACAGGAUGAAGGCCAAAAUGAACACAUCCGCAGAGACUUGUUAAGGCUGCGAGGAAGACAAGCAAUACUCGAUUUACUUGUAAGGAUAGAGAGGGAAAGACAGAGGGAACUUCAAGGGCUUUUGGAGCAUCGAGCCGUUUCGGACUUUGCCCAUCGCAACCGCAUCCAGUCAUUACUUAGAGGUAGAUUUUUGAGAAAUGAAAGAACUGUUGAAGAGGAGCGGCCACCUUCCAUGGCAGCAAGUGAGAUAGUUCAAUUACAGCAGCGACACACUGUUUCUGGUUUAAGGGAGGGAUUCCGCUCUAGAUUGGAAAAUAUUGUUCGUGGUCAAGCAGACGGCCAAUCUGAUAAUGCAACUAACAGCGACAUGAAUGAUUCGAGAAACGAUCGAGGUCAAACAAAUGGUUCACAGAACAUCCAGCAAGAAUAUGUACAGUCACAGCUUGAGAAUCAGGUAGCGGAAACCAGUCGGCUGUCUGAUCAAAUUGAAAACAUGGAAAGCAACUCAGAGGUUGAGAAUAUGAAUUGGCAAGAAACUACAAAUGAAGAUGGGGAGUGGCACCAGCAAAUUACUGAAGAUAAUAGAAGAAACUGGCAAAGGACAAACUUUGGCCCACUCACUGAAUGGAGAGAUGAUAAUGCUGAGGAUGUGACGACAAACUGGCAGGCAAAUUCAUCUAAUGCUUGGUCACCACCCAGCACACAGGGGAAUGCAGAAAGAAGAGAAGCUCAUCCUGCAGAACCUGCUGCGGUUUGGCAAGAGAGAGGCGCUCGAGAAGCUGCUGGAAAUUGGUCGGAGGGGCCCUCUGGUCCUUUUAGAAAUCGUCGGUCUGCUCCAGUUGGACGGUUCAACAGGUUUCACCCACCUGAUGACGAUAACGUCUAUAGUAUGGAACUGAGGGAGCUCUUAGGCAGGAGAAGUGUUUCGAACCUUCUUCGUAGUGGUUUCCGUGAAAGUUUGGACCAAUUAAUACAAUCGUAUGUGGAUAGGCGGGGUCGGGCUCCCAUAGAUUGGGAUUUGCACAGAACUUUGCCUACACCAACAUCUGCUUCUCCACCUCAAGAUCAGGACCAACGGAGGGAUGAACAGAAUGAAGAACAAAAUGAUGCUGGAAAUAGACCCUCUUUGGUGCUUCCUUCUCCACCAGUUCCUCCACCUCAACCACUUUGGCAUCAUGACCUGCAUCAUACCAGCUGGUCUCGCCAUACCAUGCAGCGUUCAGAAAUUCAGGAAUGGGAGUUUAUCAACGACCUGAAAGCAGACAUGGCAAGACUUCAUCAAGGCAUGAAUCACAUGCAGAGGAUGUUGGAGGCUUGCAUGGACAUGCAACUGGAGUUGCAGCGAUCUGUGAGACAAGAAGUCUCUGCAGCAUUGAACAGAUCUGCUGGUGAAAAAGGUCUAGGUCCCGAGACAUCAGAGGACGGUUCUAAAUGGUGCCAUGUGAGGAAGGGAACAUGUUGCGUUUGCUGUGACAGCCAUAUCGACUCUCUCCUUUACAGAUGUGGACAUAUGUGCACGUGUUCAAAAUGUGCAAAUGAGUUAGUCCGUGGAGGUGGCAAGUGCCCGCUGUGUCGAGCACCAAUCGUUGAAGUGAUCCGGGCAUACUCGAUACUGUAGAAGGAAAAAAGAAGUAACAGUUAAUUCAGUAGAGUGUGCAAAAUCGGAUCCAUCUUUGGUAAGUUCUUUAUGUCAUAUCACAGAUGGGAGCCGUGAGGUUAGUGUUCAGUAGGUACCGCUGUGUUCUGAUAAUAUGGAACCAUUAUCUUGCGUUGUAUAAUUGAAAUGAUAAAUUGCAUGGUCGAUUCAUCAUUUUUUACGUAAAUAAAAAAAGAAAAAUGUAAGUCUGAAAGCUUCUUUAACUCA